AUGGUCUCAACGGCGUUGAACGUUCUGCUGCUCUUGCUCUCCACUAGUACCGUCGCCAUGGCCUUGCGUCAUUCCCACAGGUUGUUUGUAUACGGCACUCUGAAGCGAGGUUUCUACAAUCACAAUGUCUAUCUACGCCUCGCCGAGAAGUCGGGAGCUGCCAUUUUCCUGGGCACGGCCCGUACUGUAGACACUUACACUUUGGGCAUUAUGGGCCCACGGUGUAUUCCAGCGUUAUGGGAGAAUCCGUCCAAAACCGGCCAGCAAAUUGAGGGCGAAAUGUUUGGCAUUUCCGAUCGAUGCUUGGCAGCCAUGGAUAUACUCGAAGGUGUGGCAACAGGGCGGUACUAUCGAGUGAAACGCAGCAUUAGGCUGGUUUCUGCCAAAGAAGAGGAGGAGCAACCAAUAAUGGAUUGCUGGGUCUACUUGCAGAAACCACCGAACGACGAUGACGAAUUGGAUUCGUCAUGCCAUGAAUCGUACACAAAAGACCUCCAUGAUUUGUAUGUACCUCCCUCCACGGAACCUGACCCAACCAUACUAGAGCUGCUGAACGAGUCUGAUGAGAAAUAA